AUGUCUAGGCCAGUCCUCCAGUCGGUAGUAGACCUAUACCAACAGAUCCAGAGACAUAUUUCUCCGUUCAAGGUCAUGGCAGAGACGGCGGCCGCUGGCGUAGGCCAUAUGUCGUCGCCGUCAAAGCUGACAGGCAGGGCCUUCUACGAAAGCAUCGGCAGCCCAAAAUACAUAAUGGCUCCUAUGGUUGAUCGCUCAGAGUUCGCUUGGAGACUCCUCACGCGGUCCUACCUCGAUAAAGAGCGCUCAAAGUCCUUUCUAGCGUAUACGCCUAUGCUGCACGCGAGAUUGUUCCGAGAAACAGCAAGAUUUCGAGACGAACACUUCCAGCCCACCAAAAGCAGUCUGGUUUCCAAGGAGAGAGCCUCAGCGUCGCUAUGGCUUGAUGGCAAUCCGACUUUGGACCGACCGUUGUUCGUACAGUUUUGCGCCAAUAAGCCCGAAGAUCUGCUCGAGGCGGCACAAUAUGUGGCCCCUUACUGUGACGCGGUUGACUUGAAUUUGGGAUGUCCGCAGGGCAUUGCCAGGAAUGGGCGCUAUGGAGCUUUUCUGCAAGAAGACUGGGACACAAUCUACAAGAUGAUCAACAAAUUACAUAAUGAGCUCUCGGUUCCUGUGACGGCCAAGAUGAGGAUUCUGGACACCAAGGAGAAAACUCUGGAGUAUGCAAAGAUGAUUCUCUCCGCCGGCGCCAGCAUAUUGACAGUGCACGGGAGACGGAGAGAACAGAAGGGCCACAAUACUGGUCUCGCGGACUGGCAAAUGAUUCGAUACCUCCGGGAACAGCUACCGCCAGAGACGGUCAUCUUUGCGAACGGGAACAUUCUGAAUUCAGGCGACCUAGAAUCAUGCCUAGUAGCUACUGGGGCUGAUGGUGUCAUGAGUGCAGAAGGCAAUAUAUGUGAUCCCACAAUUUUUGCCGACCCGCCCAAAGAAUACAACCCCCGAGAGUACUGGUACGGGCCGGAUGGGAAAGGGGGCUACCGUGUGGACGCCGUGUUCAGAAGAUAUCUUGACAUCAUCCAUCGCCAUGUCUUGGGCAGAGAACCACCCGUGCGCAAGCCUCUUUAUGUCCCCGGUGAUCCCGAAGAGACGCGUCAGAAAACCGAAGCGAUCGAUGCUGAGCUUCCACCGAGAAAAAGACAAAAACGUUUGCCCAAGCAAAGGUUUGAUCCGAGUCUGAGGCCAAUGCAAGGACACCUGUUCCAACUCCUUCGUCCCCUGGUUUCGACGCACACCAACAUCCGAGAUGCGUUGGCACAAACACGAUGCGGAGACAUGGAUAGCUUCGAGGGAGUUCUUGCCAUGGUGGAAGCGGCGGUUAAGAUGGGCCUCGAUGAAUAUACAGCGUUACCCGAGGUCGAACACAAACCUGCAGCUGAAGGCGAAGUAGAGCAGCUACACGAGAAGGAACUGACACCCACAGAGAAAACCAGGAUGAAAUAUCGGAGGCCGUGGUGGGUCUGUCAGCCCUAUGUCCGGCCGCUACCAGACGACGCUGUCAAGAUGGGUGCCAUGCAACCGAUCAAGGGGACAUCCAAGGAGGGCUCGAGGGAAGUCGCAGGCAACGAGGACAAUGCAAGCCGGUCAAUCGAUGUCGCCGAGACACCUGAUCUGUCAUUGCACAGCACUACGAAAGAACUCGCUAAGCCUACACUGGUUUUCGGCUGA